AAUGUAAGCCUGUGCUCCCUGCCAUCAGGAAACAGAAGGCGAAUUUUCCUCUCUUGCAGCUAAUCGGUAUCGCAUCCGUCUCGGACGCUUAAUUUUCAUGCACAUCGGCUUCGGUGCAAUAAAGAUCAGCUAAACUGGACUCGGAACAGGUCAGAACAGGACAGCAUACUGAAGUUUCAUUUUUCCUCGGGAGGCUAAACGCAAUGGACGCGGUUCAGGGCCUGGUAAAAUCUGAUGAUUUUUGCAAUUCUUUUUUUCUUCAUAUAUCUGCAUCACUAGAGCCAGCCUUUGGGGAGGUGAACCAGCUAGGCGGUGUUUUUGUCAACGGAAGACCCCUACCCAAUGCCAUCCGGCUGAGGAUAGUAGAGCUGGCCCAACUGGGCAUCAGGCCUUGCGACAUCAGCAGGCAGCUCCGCGUCUCUCACGGCUGUGUGAGCAAGAUUCUGGCUCGGUACAACGAAACCGGCUCAAUACUUCCCGGCGCAAUUGGCGGCAGUAAACCAAGGGUCACGACCCCAACCGUAGUCAAGCAUAUUAGGACUUACAAGCAACGGGACCCUGGCAUUUUCGCUUGGGAGAUUCGAGACAGACUGCUUGCGGACGGUGUGUGCGAUAAAUUCAAUCUGCCAUCCGUCAGCUCGAUCAGUAGGAUUCUCCGCAACAAGAUCGGAAAUCUGUCUCAACAGAACCAGUACGAGUCGAGCAAACAGGCCCCCCAUCCUCAGCCUCAACCCACCCUACCUUACAACCACCUGUACUCGUAUCCAACUCCGAUCGGAGCCAGUGGGACUAAAGUACCAACUCCACCUGGCAUGCCCACUCUUCCUGGACACAUGGCAAUGCAUAGGAUAUGGCCUUCCUCUCAUUCUGUAACAGAUAUUCUGGGCAUUCGAUCAAUAACGGAACAGCAAAUUAGUGACAGUCCGUCCUUUCCCAGCGCCAAACUAGAAGAAUGGAGAGCUAUUAACAGGAGUAAUUUCUCACCAGCGAAUUCUCCACUAGUCAAUGGUGUGGAUAAGCCUCACUUAGAACCUGAAGCAAAAUACACACAGACGCCGAAUGGAUUGCCCACAGUGAACAGUUAUGUCACAGCUCCCAGCAUCCAUCCUUACCACCCUCCCACCCAAGUGUCACCCUACAUGGGGUACAGCGGCACCACGUCGGCCUAUGUGACCGGCCCCACAUGGCAGCCGCCCAGUGGCAGUGCUCUCUCUCCCCACAGCUGUGACAUCACCACACCACUGGCCUUCAAGAGCACGGCUGCCACGAGAGACUCCGUCCAUUCGGUCGCCGCCUCGGCUCUGUGACUGUACUAGGAGCGUUGGGGGGGUCAAAGAGAGAAACAGAAAGAUGGGGUUAACAUCAUGGACAUUUUCAUCCCGGCUCUCUCUAGAUGGACCAAUCUUAUCGCUUUACAAUAUUUAUGAAAGACUUGUCGGCCGAGCCGUGUGCCCUUCUGAAUGCCCACAUUCUCUUGCUCCAUAUCAGCAUCUCGCACUUGUCUGCACAGGACAAAAAUAACAAGAGUGAGGAUAUGCAAAGGCCUUCCUGUCUGAUCUGAGCAGAGGAUUUACCAGUGAAGAACAGUGCGCUUGGGCAGUCCUCAUUAAACUGUGUCAUCAGUAGCCCGAGUUCAAUUUUGGUGCUUCUCUCUGUGAAUAUAUUGUUCUUGUAUGUUUUCAAGAAAAUUAUUGAAUAAGCAAAGCUCAUGUAAAACAACUGAUCAGUUUGCAUUUAAAUGUUUUUUUUUUCAGGGUGUUAAAAAUGGCCAAUGUUUAGAUGUUCUGCUUUUUUUUUAAAUGUUUUUGAUAAAAAUCACAUUUUUGUCUUUUUGGAUACCAGUUUCACUAUGCCAGAGCUCUUGGGAAAAGUUAUCACACUUAUUUAUUAGAUUGCAAGGUACGUUGAAUGAAGUGCAAUUGACACGGCUGAGAGGAGAAGAGGCAUUAUGUGGGACAUUGACGCACAUUCAGACAACAGGAGCAUUCAUUCAUGCAACAUUAAUGAUCAGUGAAGCUGCACACCUCCAGACAUUGCACAAUGAAAUUGAAUGUAUCUUAUUAAAAGAGACAUGUGUAAAAA